CAGAUUCCAAGACUAAGCCGGGUGUUAUCAGGAAGAUGUUCCAGGCCUUUCCAGCAAUCUGGAAACUUUUCUUUCUACCCCUUCAACUUGGGUGUGAAUAACCAGGAACUCUGCUCACACAGGCCUGCCUUCUCCACUCUGUGCAUAGAACACACAGUGCAGACAUUCAAUGAAAACUAGACAACAUAUUUUGAGCAGCCAAGGCCAGACAGCGGAGGACCACAGAUAUCAGCCCACACCAUCAUGGACGAAGCUGACUUUUCGGAAGAUAUGACUUAUAAACAGCAGGAGGACUUGCCUUAUGAUGGGGACUUCUCUCAGAUGAAGAUAUGCAUGUCUUACAACUUCACCUUAACAAAUGACACCUUUCCUAUCUCACGGGCAGGAGAAGACCCUCAGGAAGCGGAAGCAGUUGUUCCCCGUGAGGCGUUCCCCACAGCUCUGCCCGAGACUUGGGAUAGGAUGACUGUUGCCAGCAACAGGCGUGAUAACGAUAAACAGUGCGCCUUGGCUCCUCCUGUUCCAGCCGAUAGAGAAGAUACCUCCAAGCCCCACGUCUCAGACACUUUACUCCAUCAUCUCUCCAGACAGCAAUUCUUCAGGGGUCAAGGCGCUGGCUCUGAAACUCUCCCAGAGCCCUUGAAUGCUGAGGGUCUUGGUGACUCAGAUGCUCUUACAAAUAUCAUUUCGCGUUAUGCAAAAAAUUAUUACCCCAGAGAACAAACCCCAGAAGUCACUGGCCAGCCCAGUCCAAAAAAGGGUGCGUCAAAUAGCAGCAAACCCUGUUGCUCCCCUGGCACAGAGAGGGAAAAUACCUCUCCCUUAGUGACUGCUGGGAAGAGCAGCCAUCAGAAAGAUCCGAGCCUUCUAACCGGAACUAAAGGUCCAGGUGAUAAAUACAAAAGCUUCCUGAGGCAGACGCCUCAGAGACAGCUGGCUCACAAAGCUAGUUCAGGCAACGGGUUCAGAUACAGCCAGGCUCAAGUGCACUACCAGUUUCCAGAUGUUUCUAAGGUUGCUCCGGAAGUGAAGAUCCCUAGGAACAUUGUAACUAAUAAACCACUCACAAUAGCUAACCGAGGCAGCUGUUCUCUUAGGUUGAGAAAUAAAUCAACAGUUGUGCAAGAUAAUGCAGGAACCCUGUCUGGGUCAAAUCGUGUUGAAAAACAACCAGAGCAAAAACGGAAAUUUACCGAACCUUUGCAACAAGUACAGGUGCAGCCUGCCACACACACCUGCCAAGAACCUCUCACAGGACUGGAACCUGAGAAAGGGUGCUUGAAUUUGACACCGACACCUCCAAAAGAUCCUUUCUCGAAUUCUUACAUAUUUCAAAAGAUCUCCCAAGGAAAACAGAUGUGCCAGAAACUGGAAGAACAGACUGAGCAACUGAAGAAUAAGGUACAAGAAUUUUCCAAAAGAAUAAAACAGAACUCUCUCUGCUGUUUGCGAGACAUAAGGCUGAUGACCAAGGAACAUGUUGGCUGUCUUCCAGAGCCCUGGGUCUCACAAGGACGUGAGGUGAAAGGGCUGCCAAGGGGAGAGGCCACCUCCAAGGAGCUCAGUGAGCUGACCCCAAAGAUGAAACAGAAAAUGGAGAAGAGGGGACACAGAAGGACCAACUGUGGGAAGUUUUCCAGUAGCAACCACGAAAAAACACCACACCAAGACUGGCCUCUCGGUUCUGAUCCAGGGCCCAGCUUCCGUCCUGAUUCUGGCACUGGGCUGCAGAGUAACAAAUGUGAGGCGGACGGCAACAAGACGCAGAACUCCCAGAGAGUCUGCGAGGAAGACCCACCGAAAGAAUUUUAUUAUAGAUAUGACACUCCAGGACAAGAUGACUUAAAUCACAGAGGAGGAUUCACCUUUGUCCAGUCUCACGUCUUACAUGAAAAUAAAAUCUCUUCAUCUUCUUGUUCAAAAGCAAAAUGGAUCUGGUCAUGGAGGGCGAACUCAGAACCUUUUGGAGACAAGCACGGUUCUGCAGCAGGAAAACAUCCCAAGACUUACCUGACCCCUACCUCCGACCUUGCAACACCGUCACCCCACCUCUGCUUCUUCAGGAUUCCUAGAAUCCAGUCCUUAUGUGUCAGCAGCAGCACGGAAGAAAUAGAAUCUAAGAUUUUAAACUUGCCUUUGGAUCAUGCCUUAAGGACAGCAACCAAACUGAAAAAAACCACCGACCAAAUGAUCAAAUCCAUUGCAGAAGACCUCACCAGAGCACAGCGAUGGAGACAGCAGCUAAAAUAGCACUAAAUCAACCCCGGGCAGCCAAGUGUUAGUGUUGGGUCUUCUCCAAAAUAUCUUACUUGUGACAUAAUGUAGGAAGAUGAUUUUCUAGAGAAAACACUAAAACUUUAAGAAAUGAAUUAUGCAAAGUGUUUAAAUGGAAAAAAAAACAACGCAAAGUAAGCCCUCUGGCAUUUAUGUAUUUAUGUGAAAAUAAAUCUAUGUUCUUCCUAAUUCGUAAUGAAAUAAACACAAUAAAACGAAUACCUU